CCCUCCGCAUCGCAUCUCUCUGCAAAAAGUCAUCAGGAAGUUGUAGACUUCCUCUCUCUUUUGUUUGGGCAAGCCAAGCGAUGGCUGCUGCCCCCGACCCAGUCCAGGCCCUUCGGGAGGAGAUCACUUGCUCCAUCUGCCUGAAUGAUUUUACUGACCCAGUGAUGAUCGUCGGGUGCGGGCAUAACUUCUGCCGAGCCUGCAUCACCAAGAGCUGGAACGACUCCCUCAAGAACGUCUCUUGCCCUCAGUGCAGGAAAACGUUCUCCGAGGCGAAGCUGCAGCUGAACAGGAAUGUACUGGAGAAGACCCAGCUCUGGUCGCAGAUCCCAAAAGAGCCCAUCUCCUCGGAUAACCUCUGCAAUUUCCACAAGCAGCCUCUGGACCUCUUCUGCCGAAAGGACUGGGCCCCGAUCUGUGCCAUGUGCAAGAAGCAUCAUCGUGAUCACACAGUUAUCCCCAUAGAGGAGGCUGUCAAGGAGCAAAAGGGUCAAAUCCAGAGCCGUUUAGAGACCUUGAAGAAAAAAAGAGAUUUUGCUGAGAAAACCAAGGAAGCUGCUGAAACGGCUACCAAACAUCUGUUGGAGAGGACAGGCCGUGAGCGCCAGGGUUUAGUGGCCGAGGUCGAGAAGAUCUGCCAGGUUUUGAAGGAUCAAGUGCAUUUCCUGUUUCCCCGUCUGGGAGAGCUAGAAAAUGGCAUCUUAAAGAAGAAGGAGGAAAAUGACAGCAAAUAUUCCAGGGAAAUAACCCGACUCAAUGGCUUGAUCAGUGCAGUAGAGGAAAUGUAUAAUCAGCCAUGGGCUGAAUUCCUGAAGGGAACAACCCUGCUCAAUUCCUGGAUCAGUGAGAUAGAGGAGACAUGUAAUCAGCUAAGAACGGAAUAUACAAAGGAGUUUUCAAGCACCACCGACUGGUAUGGUGAAGAGCAAUUUGAGCAAAACACUCUUGGUGACCUGGAAAACAGAUGCGAAAAAAUCACUGAGACAAAUAUCGCAGUGAAGAACAUACUGCAGAAAUGCAAAGAUAAGAUGGUAACUGAGCUGUGGAAUGCCAGAGAUGACGAUCUGGAGCCAUAUGAAAAAGAAAUGGUGGUCCUGGAUCGUGACACAGCACACACAUUGCUCAUCCUAUCUGAGGACCAGGACAGUGCCUGGGUGGAUAUCGAAGAGUGGGAAGAGAUGCCUUACCAUCCUAAGAGAUUUGACAAAUAUCACUGUGUGCUAGGAAGUCAGGGAUACACCUCAGGGAGAUUCUUCUGGGAAGUGGAUGUGGAAGAGGGGAAACAAUGGGCUGUUGGAGUUGCCAGAGAAUCUGUGGAGAGGAAAAACCGGGUAUGUUUUGGCCCUGAAAAUGGAAUUUGGGGAUUAGGCUUAGACAGAGUAGGCUUAGACAGAGGGUACCUAGCAUUCACCCCUCAUAAAAAUACACCCUUGAACCUGUCAGAACCCCUCAAGAGGAUCCAGGUGUAUCUGGAUUAUACAGCAGGGGAGGUGUCAUUUUUUAAUGCCGCUACCAAAACCUGCAUCUUUACUUUCCCUCCAGCCACAUUUGGUGGGGAAGAAAUCUACCCUUGGUUCUUCAUACUGGAGGGACGGAUCAAAAUCUGUCCGUUAGAGGAAGAAGAUAUAAAACUCAAAGUCCAACUGAUAGCUGCUAGUGCUAGGUAUCAUAAACCUUGGGAAUUGGAUGGUUUUUGUUCACUCUCUUCAUUUUAGACACCCCAGGAUUUGUAGCCGCAUAACUCAUAAAUGCUCUUGUUUCCCAUUGCAACACAUUCUCCACUGGUCAUUUGAGCCUGGGCCAAUGCUCUCCUCACUUCUUAUACUUAAUCACUUUGGGAGUAUAUAUGGGAAAACAGCCUGUAACCUUGACAGCAUCACUACAUAUCUUAAUGUCUGGAAAAUCCAAGUACCAGUCAGGUGGUUGCAUCAACAACUCAUGUAUUCCUGUUUUCAGGAGCCAAUAGGUUGGGGAGGGAAAGGUACACAAGAGACUGCAGCAGUUUUAACCCAUUGUACUCAUGGGGUUGUGCCCAACAUAGCCCUACGUGAAUGUUCCAUUAGCACAAGGAUUUCUGCUUGUGCAGUGGAAAGUUCUCUUGUCUCCUCGUGCACCUUCAUAUUUGUUCUAGGGUUCCCCCAACCCUCUGGAACAGAUUUGAGGAGGGCAUGGACUGUGUACAGGGCAGGGGGAAGUCCCAUUAUGCAAGCAGAAAUCCUUGCACUGACAGGACGCAUUAGCUUAACUUCACUCCUAGCUUUCACUAGGUGGCAGUACAUGCCCCAUUAUUCCAUUGACAAAUUAAAUCAGGCCAUACCGUUGAGAAGGGGAAUUCCUUUUUUGAGAAGGGGAACUAACUCAUUGUGCAUGUCUGCUCAAUGCUGGAGGGGGUGAGGUGUAAAUUAGGCCAUAUAUUUGGUGCAUGACUGCACAAUGCUUUGGUUUUUUGGGGUGGAGUGGAAUACAAUGUCCAUUGCUUUGGCAGGAUGCCUGUAUAUCAGCCUUUCCCGACAUUUUUUUCUAGGCAUUUCGGGCUACAACUCCCAUCAGCCGCAGCCAACAAGACCAUGGUGGCUGGGGCUCUUGGGAGUUGUAGUCCAAAAGGUCUGCAGGACACCAGGCUGGCAAAGGCUGACAUACAUACCCACACCCUCCUUCACAUUUCCUAUGGUGGGGCAGUUUGGCACUGGAGAGGAAGGCAAAGUCUGUACAAGAAGCGAAAGCCUGUAAGAUACUGAAUUAUAACUUAUACAGCCCAACACAUUUUGAGUUCACUCUUCAUUGAGGCAUUGUCAAAGAAAACGACACUCUUGUGUUUUCUGUGUGCUCUCUUCUGUGCAGAGUCCCUUUGUAAUAAAGCAUUUAAAAAUACUAGGUUGCUUUGCGUUACAACACUCCUGUCAAAAUUAGUAACCAAAAUGUGUUGGGCUGAAUAAACUUAGUGUAUCCUAGAGGAUCUCUGUUCUAUUCCCACUUUGGUAUUACGGUGCCUCUUGAACAUCCAUUUAAACCCCUAGUAUCACCGACUGUAUUUCUGGCAUCUCAUUGCCACUCAACUCCUGCUGAACGAUUUUCUCCUUCAUGUAUCUGCCAACUAGAUUUCACUUCUUGCAUCUGACAAAGGGGACUGCAGUCCACAAAAGCUUAUACUGUAAUACAUUUGUUAGUCUUUAGGGUGCCACAAGACUCUUUUUAUUGCCUUUUCUCAGGUUUGUUUACACCAACUUUAACUCUGUUAGUUAUUAUUAUUUUACAUUUUGUAUUUGGAAAUCCGCAUAGUGCUUUUUUACUUACACUGUUUGGAAAGUUCCUGCAUCUGCUCUGCUCUUUCUUUGUAUCCUUGGCUAUAUUUCUAAUAAAAAUGAGACACA